AUGCCUCAGGAACGACAUUUUUGCUGGAGCAACCCGCACAAGGCGAAUUUCCAACGGAACACAUCUGGGAAGCAGCGCGGGCAGUGGAGUCGGACAAUUGUAGAUGCAGAUGCAGACGGCACACCUGAAAUCUUUGCGCGCGACGAUGUCACGAACGCUAUUUCGGUAUACGAGGCAGUCGGAGAUAACGACUAUCGAAUUGUAGCUACCCUUGAAAACCCAAUGUGGGGAAAUAACGGGAUUAGUGCGAAUUUCGCCGCGGGCGAUUUUGACGGCGAUGGACGGACAGAAAUUUUAGCCGGGGACAACGAUGGGAGAGUGUUCGUACACGAAGCCACUGGAAACAACCAAUACAGACAAACGUGGAUACACACGCUUCCUGAAGGCACUCCACAACUCUUCGCUGCUGGGGAUAUGGACGGCGAUGGAAACGCCGAGUUUGCUAUCUGCGCCAAAACGGGGACCCGAGUCGACACUACGGAACUUGAUAUCCGUUAUUAUCACUGGCUUUUAACUAUUUUUAAAUCAGAUGGUGAUGAUACCUAUCGUCCUGUGUGGACGCAACGCAUUCGGGACGUGCGAGAUGGUGGAAAUGGGAUGACUAUUGCGGACGCAAAUAACGAUGGACGCAAUGAACUGUGCAUCGCCGCUCAGCCUAACUUCUAUCUCGUGCAGUAUGACGGAAUAGACUAUCGACCUAUCUGGCACCACCCGGCAACAAGCACUUUCAAUCCGAUUGUGGCUGAUUUGAAUGGAAAUGGAGCAAAGGCACUGCUGUUUAACAGUGAUAAUGCCCUGACCGUUUUCGAGACACCUGCAUCUGCCACUGCGCAAUCAAGGGUUCCGCUCAGCCCACCGUGGGAAAUUACGGCGAAACCGAUUGAUGAACGUUCUGUUCAUCUGACUUGGCAUGAAGUACAGGAGGCAGUGGCAUAUACCCUCUAUCGCGGAGAACAUGAGAACUCACUGAAAAAGAUUCGUGAUGAGAUUCGAGAGACGCAUUUCACGGAUGCUGGACUUACCACAGGACAAACGUACUGGUACGCCAUCGCGUCUCAGAAUUCAAACGGUUCACUUUCAAAGCAAUCCACAUCGAUAUCUGUCGUGCCAACGCGACGACCGCGCUUGCAUGCCGCUGUGCCUUCACCGCCGAAUCAACUCUUGUUGGAGUUUGACAAACCGAUGGGCAUCUCUGCGACACACGCUGGACGUUACCGUCUGCACAAGCAGGGAAACACAGAAAACGGUUCGGAAAGCUACACGCCGCGCUCGGCGAUCCCUGACCAAGCACGGAAGCGGGUUGUCCUUACAUUCUCUCCAGAAGUCUUCCGCACAGGCAAUCGUUAUCAGAUUGAGGCAUUGCAACUUUCGGAUAUAUACGGUGCCGAUCUCGCAGAGGAUGCCAGAAUGUUGACAAUAAUGCUCCCAGCACCAACGCUUGCAGAGGUGAUUGUCUAUCCCAACCCAGUGGAAGAAUGUAAUCAGGUUACAUUCGAUAGACUACCGGCGGGAACUAACAUUUAUAUCUACGAUGUCAGUGGGCAUUGUAUUGCAUCGUUUACUCGGACGGAACAUGAAAGGGACAGGAGGGUCUGGGAGCUCUUUGGCAUCAGCAGCGGGGUCUAUAUCUAUGUCCUUUCGUCUGAACAGGAUCGGCGCGUUGGCAAAUUCUCUGUCAUUCGCUAA